AUGAGAUUUGCAAAGCAGACCUUUGUGCUUUUGCUCUUUGGUGUUCAUGUUGUUGGUGGCCUUAUCCCCCCAAAAGUCAUGAAACCUUUUAAUCACAAGGUGAGACCUCAAAAUAAAGACAGUGCAACCGAAUUUCUCAGUGAGCAUCAGGACAUUCCUCAAUUAAGCAUUUAUAAUUCUGAAAUGAGUCACUACUCAAGCUCAUUCGACAAGACCAAGUCUAGUGGCAUUUUAAUCACCAAAGAAGCGAUGAAUCAAGAACAUUUCCGGAAACUCGGACUCAAAAAAGUAGCUGACGUCGCGCGCAGCUUUGAUGUUGGUGGAUUGUAUCCUGAUAGCGCAGCGCAGCCUAUUGCAUUCCCACCAGAUACUCGAGCAUUGUUUCUACUCAACACCCAAGCUGGGAAGCAAAAUACAGAUGGCUCAAACUUGCUUUUGAGUGUUCCCUUUGAUAUACAUAAAGGUUAUCAGCUGGUAGACUACAGUUUAUUGCUCCCAUUCAAAUAUCUCAAAUUGAGAAACGAUCUUGCUAGUUUUUUGGGAACCUCGGCAAAAGAACAGAAGCAGGGUGUUUUGUAUUACAACGCAAACACAAAACUGGAAAUUAGCCGACCUGUUUUCAUUAUGGUUUUUGCAGAGAACCCAGAACAGUCGAAAUCGACUUUCUUUGAUAUUUUUGCAAAGGGAUGGAUCAAAUUCCUAGGCUCUUUCGACCUGACUCAUUCCGUCUUCUGUUCCGUGAAAGACCAGAUCUCAAACACGUGUGUGAGCAUCAACAACGAUGGAAAUGCGAUAAACGUCCAGCCCACGUUCUCCAAUUCACAAAUCGGAUUCAAUCAUCUCUUCUCCACUCUUCAGAGAACGCAAAAGCGAGAUGUUAAGAAGUCAGCACUCCAACCGCAGUUCCGUCAAUUUGCAACAUUUGCAAACUUCUCAAGACUUAAUAUCAAUAACCCAGACGACCCGUUUAAAGCAGUUAAGAUACAGGUGUCGGAUCCUGGACUCCAAAGUAAUAAAGAAAAUUAUAAGAACGGGUCUACUUGCAAUUCGAUAGACCAGAAUGGUAAUGAAGUUCACAAUUCCACCAAGCUACCAGACGUUUCAAUGAAGGACCUUUACCCUUCAGUGAGCGCGAAGUCCAACCGGCCACGCUCCCCUCAGUAUUCACAGGUCAUAUUCCCUCAGUUGAGCAAGUAUAACAAGAGAAGCCUGGAGGACUUUUUCCCAACCUUCGGUUGA